GCAUAUUUUCUCAUCCCUUAGCUUCUCCAACUUUUCUCCACAUUUUCUUAUCCUUCUGGUGUUUAAAAUGAGUUCCAAAGCUUUCAUCUUUCUCGGUUUCCUUUUCGUCGUCGUCGUCCUCCUCUCCUCGGAGGAGGUCACGGCCAUUGCCGAUGACCUCAAAAGUGUUGAAAAAGCCAUGAUGGAGACUAAUGGAGGCGGAUUCGAGGAUGUCAAACGUCGUUUCCGCAGAGGCCACCAUGGGCACCGCCAUUGCCACCACGGUUGCUGCGGUCACCACCACCUCGGCGGUUGCAGUAGGUGCUGCAGCUUUGCUGGUGAGGCUGUUGAUGCAGAACCGUAAGUCAAGCCGUAGCAACUGAAAACACUGUUUCGCAUCAAAUAAAGGCUUUAUGAAGUUGAUGUAUUAUUGUAGUUAAUUUGCCUUAAAUUAUGAAUAAGUGCAAGGAUUUCGCCCAUAUAGCUUGCCCAUGUAUCAGGGAAUCGAAUUAGUUAGUCUCAACUCUUGAGAUUAAUUAAUGGAUUGUGUGUGUAAUUUAAACUUUAAUAUAAAACUAAUUAAUAACAUUAUACUUUGAUAUAU